AUUGAAAUUUGUAAUUUCCCAAAUUAAACUGGCGUCAAGCGCCAGAUCGGAUGUUUGUAAUUUUGGUUAGACUUUUUCUGCCCGGGGGAGUACACGAUUGAAGUGCAAGAGCGUGUUUCUCAGUGACGUGUUUCGUGGUGUAUGAUGGAAGCAAUCAUUUUGGCCGUGUCCUUCAGCUUGACAGCUAACCCUCAUCGUUUAUGCUUCUUUAAGCAAACCGAUUUCCUACUUAAUGUUUCGCAUUGAAUACUCACAAAAACGUUAAUCGGCAACAGAGAUGAAUAUGACAAAAAAGAAGGAUUGCAUUCCAAAUAUUACUGGAAGCCAUCAAAUGAAUUGGAGGGAAUUGGCUGAAGCUGAUGAUCUCGCUUCUGCUCUUACUGUUGAUCCUUAUCUUGGCUUUACUACGCACAAAAUGACAGAGUAUGUCUUUAAAAGUGAUAUAUUUUUCGUUCACAGCAUGAAGUUAAGGAUUCCUGACAGAAUUAAGAGGAAGUUUCGUGAUAUUAUCUACGCCUUUCGAAAACAUAAGUGUUAUGAUACAGCUUACAAUCAGUUAACAGCCGACCCAAAUAUUGUAAAACGAUCGUGGAGUGUUGACCCUCGAUUCAAAGACCAUGUGAAUCGGUACUUGUUGUUAUUUGAUGAUCGUUCUGGCAUUGAAAUUCGACCUUGUUGGCGCUAUGCAUCAGAAAAUCAUAUAGGAGCUGCAAUAUUUGCAACCCGAGAUUGGUCUAAGGGGUCUCGUAUCAAUACUUUAGUGGGAUGUAUUGCUGAACUCAAGCAUCACGAAGAGGCUGCAUUCCUAAAGCACCAUAAGAAUGACUUCUCAGUCAUGUAUUCUUCUAGAAAAAACUGCUCUCAACUAUGGUUAGGUCCUGCAGCGUAUGUUAAUCAUGACUGUCAUCCUAACUGUGAGUUCACAAUCAACUGUGAUGCAGAUGCUCGUAUGAGUUUGGAAGCAAAAAUGGAUAUAAAGUGUGGAGAUGAAAUUUUCAUAUACUAUGGAAGACAUUUCUUCGAUACAAAUAAUGGAGCAUGUGAAUGUUUUACCUGUGAAUUAUUGGGGCGUGGAUAUUUCAGUAAAUUUAAUCAAGAUGUUGAAGCUAAAAAUACCACCAACCAAAGAUCACCUUCAGAUACCAUUUCUAACCAAGGACAUCCAAAAAGCGCGAUGUCUGCGUAUUACAGUAAUCUUAAUACUUCUAGUAGUCGUAAUCAUGUUUUGUGUGACAGAAUGAACUCAUUACCCGAAAUUUCUGUAGAUAAUGCUCAGUCUACUAAUUGGAAUGGUUCUCAAAAUAGCAAAUCAAUGUCGUUGGAUUUUCUCCUCAAGAAAGGAUCUUCUACUGGUCUGGCUUGUAAAGCACUGCCUGGUGCAUACGCUUUACGUCAUACUGGCUCUCGUUUAAAUCGUGUUAAAGCUCGGAUUAUGGCUGCAACAGUAGCUUCACGUAAUGUAAUCAGUCAAGAAAACAGAAAACCAAAGAUUAAUUCUCCUUACAAAAAGUGUAUUUUAAGAAGAACUCUGCUGAAUACUGUUUCACCGUGUCGAAGAAGUCAAUCGGAUUCAAAUCCACACGUUACUAAUAGAAGAAAAUCAAGAAACUCAUUGUCUGCUGUAAAACGUCGACACCAACCAUUAAGAAACAGUUUGUCUGAACCACAAGUGGACAAUUUCACUCCUGAAAGUGCUACCAAGGAGUCUGUUUCCAAUGAUCCUACAGCUUGUGACAAUAUGACAUGGCAAGAAUCAGAUGGAACAAGUAGUGGAUUGGGACAAAGUGUUCAUAAUGAUGACAGCAGUGGUUCGAAUAGCCCUCUACCACCUGCAUUAGAUCGUAUGUCAUCAACUUCACCGAAUAAUUCAUUCAGUGAUACGACUAUUACACCUGAUCUUGGAUCAUCCUAUUAUCUUGACUCAGUGGACCAAUCGUAUAGCAGUGAUAAUAAAAUUGAUAAUAGUAUUAAUAAUCUGACACAACAAACAUCCUAUAUGCAUUGCCGACUUUCUGCUGACGAAACACUAAACCCAGCAACCAGUCAAUCAUAUAUCACUGGUAGGUUAAACCGACUUCUUUUUGAGUUUCACCCUCUGAAUUGUUCAGAAUUAGGGCAACUGAUACGCAUCUAUACUGGGUUCUUUGUCAACCAGUUUAAUUCAUUAACAGAAACGAAGUUCCGUUUUAAGAUGAGCUAGCUUCAUUCGUAUUCAUAGAUAUUUUACACUGAACAAGUCAUUUUAAAAGCAACAGAAGUAAGAAUUCUGAUAAGUGUUUUCUUCUGAUUUUCGCAACAUUUAUGUUAGGUAGCUAGACUACUUUCUUUAGGUUUUUGUGAAGUGAUGUACAAAAUAUGAUUUUUAAAAAUACUAGGAAACCGUAAAAUGCAUAGUAAUUAAUCUUUGUUCAUUUUCCACAAAGAUGACUGUAUUUAGCUUGUGAUACAAGCAUAUAGAAAAUGUCAGCUGUCCGCAUACUUCCAAAGAUCCUCACCAACCCUGUUGACCUUUGUCUUCAUUAUCUUUUGCUGUUACCGACAUUAUGCCCUCCAUAGUUUUCCCACCUAAAUCUUCAGACAUUGAUAACUUGCAAGCCACCCAAGGAUCAUAUCUUGUCUUCUCAAACCGUGUUGCUAGUUUCACACUAGAGCUUUCAAUGUCCGGAACCCAUAACUAAUUGGACAAGGAGUCUCAUUUCCCAAAUCUUUGGAAUCUCAAGUCAUAAAUGCUUGUUGUGUAUUUGUAUGUAUGCUGCUUGUGUUAUGUUUUCUUACCAGAUUUUUUUUGUCUGAUCCCUUUCAGAAGAAAAUGAAUUGACGAAAAAUGUUGAACCAAUAUUGGGACGACUUAUCAGCGAAACUCAGUGUGGUGAUAUUAAGAAUUUAUUGCUAACUAAUCGUCCAUCAAACCAACCUCCUGUUUCAGAAAAUGGUCGGCGACGUCUGACGAAUUAUGAUGCUCGUUUGAUAGCUGAAGCUAAAUUGUUCACUCCAGCGUCCAAGCAACGUAUACGCAAACCUUUGACUUAUCCAGAUUCUAUUGGUUAUAUUUCAUUGAGAGAUAUACUCAAAUCUCCAAAGUCAAAGCCAAUGAAAUGUGAGAAUAAAAGGAAGCCCGCGAGUAAGCGGUCACUAUGCAGCACUGACUAUACAAAUCCUGGUGUGCACACAGAUUCUAAGAUUUCUAAUAGUGUUCGCAGUCGACAAACAGCAUUGUGUGAUUUAACCAAAUAUAAAUGUGAUAUUGCACCUACAGAUAGACGAAGUCACCAGUGCUUGGACGUCGAAUCUCUUUCUGAGGAUUCAAUACCACCUUUGCUAACAACUCCUUCAAAAAUUCAUACAACGUCGUCAUUUACUUUUUCGGACAGCUCUCAUGAUGUCGGACCGCCAUCUAUAUAUUCUACAGCUGAAGGAGACGAUAAAAGUGAACUUUUUUCUAUUGAUUCUGAGCUCACUGAACCAAAUGUAGACUCAGAGUCCACAUAUGACUAUCAUUUUCGUGAUACACACGCAUACCCCUCGAAUCUUUCUCAACGGUCUACUAUAUAUGAUGAAAAGAACACUGUGUUGUCAGCUGGACAUGUUUUGACGGAUCAUGAUUACUCCUUAACUGCAUACAAUGCUGAAUGUGUAUUAGCUCCAAAUCUAUUAAUUAGUAAGAAAAUAAAUACUCAAAAUUGUAGGCAGAAAUCAAUGAGUUAUUCAUGUAAUGCUAAAUAUGACACUUUAUUAUCGAAGGUUGUUCAAACACCACCACCUCCAAUUUUACAACCAGCAACUCCCCCCAGUACUCUUGACUUGUAUACAUGUUAUUCACCUUGUAAAAUUAAAAAUGACUAUCUGUCAAAUUCAUCUCAUACACCCGCAAUUUCACGUGUCCAUAAUCCAUGGUGGUCGCAUACCUCAGAUCCUAAUGAUAUGAUAUGGCAUUCUGAAGUUGUGUAUUCAGAUUCAAUCCCGAAUACAACUCGUUUGACUGUGACACUCAAACGUGUUGGACCUAAACACUAUCAGAUAUCUCAACCAAAUGGACUUUUAAUUAAAUGAAUAAUAUCAUUUUCUUUUUUUCUUGUAUAUUUAUAGGAAUUUUCAUAUUUAUCGUUGAUGAUCAGCAUUUUAGAUUUAUUACUUCUUUGCUAUAGCUUAUUCUACCUCAGAUUUUUCACUGAUACUUAUCCACUGUAUUAUAUAUGGAUGUAUAUAUAUUGGUCUACAUGUAUACAUAUACUGUUGUUGAUCUGUUGUCAGUUACAAAUAGUUGAGGUAAUUGUGCUUUUCAGUUUUUUAAAGGAUUCAAGCAAUUAAAAGGUAGCCUGAC